ACAACUAGAAGGACCUGCAACUAAGGUACAUCUGUCUGCACAGUUUCUGAAAGAAAUCAAGCCACUCAAGGACUGAAUCCCUCUUGAAUUCCCUCCUAAAGUGGAGCCUCUGAUUGGUUCCUGUGAAAAAUCUCAGUAUUUCAAUAAUUACCUUCUAAUACUGUCUUUUAUGAUGACGACUGCAUAAUUUUCAUUUUGCUACAUGCUCUGACAUGUAAUGAAGAUGGAAGUGUUCAUUUCUCAAAGAAUUUAUUGAUUGAUCAACUUUUCCAAGUGUCUGCAAUUUGCUUAGAACCAUGCUCCAAGAGAGAAAUAAGACGAGAAGAACUUUUAGUCUAGUUGUGGUGAGAUAAGCUCAUGUCUUAGAGGUUCCAUUAAACCCAUAACUGGAGGAGAUCAACCAUGAGUGAGUAUAGACAGAGAGGAGUACCUGGGAGCAUUCCACUCUGAGGAAGAUGAUGAGAGACCUUCAAACCCUCUGUUACCAUUGGCUCUCCCAUCCUCAUUCCCCAGUGAACGCUGGUGUACAUGUUACUUUACUGACCCAGCUUGUGUGUGAUGGUUUAGGACUCAGUUACCUUCGCUGAUGUGGCUGUGCAUUUCACCCGAGAGGAGUGGACUUUACUGGACCCAGCCCAGAAAAAUCUAUACAGAGAUGUGAUGCUGGAGACCUACAAGAACCUGAUCACCAUAGGAUAUCAGUUGUUUAAACCCAAUCUGAUCUUUCGAUUGGAAGAAGAAGAAGAAGAUUUGAGAACAGUGGAGAGAGGAGUCUUCCAAGAAUGCAAAAUGCAACUUAAAACCAGAGACUCGACAAUUCAGCAGGAUAUCUUUUGGGAAAAAACACCCAGUAGGCUAGAAAUGGAAAGAAUCCACAGUGGGUGGGAACUCUAUGAUUGUGAGCAAUGUGAGAAAGUCUUCAGUGAACAUUCAUGUCUUAAGAGCCAGAGGAGAACUCAAAAUGGAGGGAACACUUAUGAGGAUAAUCAGUAUGGGACAAGCUUCCUUACUCUGCACAAGAAAAGCUCUACUAGAGAAAAACUUAACAUGUUUAAUCAUUGGGGAAAAGCCAUCAGCCUGACUCCACAUUUUGUUUAUAGGAAAAUUAUCGUGCAAAACAAAGCCUUCAAAUGCAGUGAUGGUGGGAAAGCCUUUGUUAAUCAGUCUUACUUUCAGGCACCAAUGAGAACUCACAAUGGAGAAAAACCCUAUGAAUGCGAGGAAUGUUUGAGAUCUUUUAUUCACUCUACAAGCCUUGGUCUGCAAUUACAAACUCACACUGCUAAUAGUCACUGUGACUGUAAGGAAUGCAGAAAAUCCUUUGAACAGUCCACAUACUUUUACAGUGAUGUCCAAGUGCACACUGGAAGAAAACUCUUUAAAUGUAAGGAAUGUGGGAAGGCCUUUAUUAAGUCUUUUGAAUAUAUUGAACAUAUGAAAACAUACACUGGAGAGAAGCCCGUUCUAUGUGAGGUACUUGGAAAAUCCUUUAGAAAUUCCUCAUACCUUUAUGUUCACAGUCGAAUUCAAGCUGAAAUAGAACUCUCCAAAUGUAAGAAAUGUAGGGAAAGCUUUAAAUGUUCUGUGCCUCUUAAUGUUCACUUACAAACUCACACUGGAGAGAAGCCUUUGAAAUGUGACAAAUGUGAUGAAGUCUUUGCUACUUUCUUAAAUGACACUAAACGUUUAAGAUCUCUUGCCAGAGAGAAGCCUUUUCAGUGUAAUAUAUGUGGGAAAACAUUUACCAGGUCUUCGCACUUUACGGUUCACAAACGUCUUCAUACUGGAGAGAAACCCUAUAAAUGUGAGGAAUGUGGAAAAAGCUUUAAACGUUCUGAGCACCUUAAAGUUCACAUGCAAACCCACACUGGAGAGAAACCCUAUGUAUGUAAGGAAUGUGGGAUGGGGUUUAAACGUUCUAUGCACCUUAAAGUUCACAUGCGAACCCACACUGGAGAGAAACCCUAUGAAUGUAAGGAAUGUGGGAAAACCUUCACUCAAUCCUCAGGUCUCAUUUACCACAAUAAGAUUCACACUGGAGAGAAGCCUUUUAAGUGUGACAUAUGUGGGAAAGCCUUUACUACAUCCUCAAAUCGGAUCAUCCAUUUUAGAACUCACAGUGGAGAGAAACCCUAUGAAUGUAAGGAGUGUGGAAAGGGCUUUAAAACUUCUGUACACCUUAACCUUCAUACGCGAACCCACAGUGAAGAGAAACCCUAUGAAUGUAAGGAGUGUGGAAAGGGCUUUAAACAUUCUGUGCGUCUUAACAUUCACAUGCGAACCCACACUGGAGAGAAACCCUAUGAAUGUAAGGAAUGUGGGAAAGCCUUCACUCAGUUCUCAGGCCUUAGUGGACAUGCAAAAAUUCACACUGGAGAGAAGCCUUUUAAAUGUGGCACGUGUGGAAAAGCGUUUGCUCUUUCCUCAUAUCUUAACAGACAUUUUAGAACUCAUACUGGACAGAAGUCUUUUGAGUGUAAUAUAUGUGGGAAAGCGUUUAGCAGUUAUUCUUACAUUUUUAUUCACAAGCGUAUUCACACUGGAGAGAAACCUUAUAAAUGUAAGCAAUGUGGGAAAGCGUUCAGUUUUCCCAAUUCCUUUCGGCGUCAUGAAAGAACUCACCUGGAGAGAAAUCCUGUCACUGUAAGGAAUGUGGUCAAGCCCUCAGUCAUCGCGAAUCACUUCAAAGAUCUGAAAGGGCCACGCUGCAGAGCUGUUCUGCAAAUGUAAGGAAUCAGGGAAAGCUGUCAGAAUUUCCUCACAACCCAGCAUGUAAGGACUCACAAUGAACCAUACUAUUAAGAAACAGAGAAAGCCCUUCACUGUUUCCUCAGUGAAAUAUAUAUUAUAUGAGAAAUCUUGCAGUGGAGAGAAAUCCAACUGAUAUAAGACAAAAUGUGGGAAAAUUGUUCUGCUAAUGUUUAUUUGUGAUCUUUCCAUGGAGAAAAACUUCAUGAAUUUCAGAAAUAUUGUGGAGUCAUCAUCGUUUUCCAUUAGAUUUUUUCUUAUCCUUAAUGAACAUGGAUGAUUCACAGUCAAGAGAAACUGAAUAUAGGAAAUAUGGGAAAGGCUAUCCUGAGUGUGAAUCUUAGGGUCUUCUUAGAUGCAUAACAUUCUGGGUGGUUCUGUAGAUGUAUUCUGAGCAUUUGUGAUUAGGCCCUGAGCAUUCCUCCAGAUGAUGUGUCUUUCCACUGAUAGGCCAGUCUAUUUGCUACAUCUUCCAGGUCACAACAUGACCAAAGAUGGGUCUGCAGGAUUUAUAUUUAAUCCUUUCUAACCACCUGGUUUCUCUUGUUGGAUUGACACGGUCUUACAUUGUGAUGACAGUGACUACUUGACAGUUCUCACUGAACUCACUCACAGUGAGUCACACUGGCCAAGGUGGAGGGUAAAAUACAUCUCUGUGAAUUUUGUAAAAACUACCUUGUCCCUCUCACACCUGGUCCUUUCAGAUUAGAAUGUCAGUGUCAAGCAUAGUGGUGAAAAAGUGAGAUUACACUUACUGAUGUGAGACACCCUGAUUUCAUGACUUUGGAGGAUUCUCCUGCCACCUGGGGAGGGCCUUUAACCUCAAGCCACACAGGAUGAUGGUGAGAAUACCGAAUAGUUUCUUUCACACCAUACACAACACUACAGCAUGAUAAAACAAUGAUGUCAUUUGUCUGUGUCAAGCUACAGCUCUCAGAGGUGAUAUGACCUUCUUCUGUGUCUGUCAUUCUAUCCAUGGGCUGUGAAAAUAGGAAAACUCAUGUGAAUAUAGUUGGUCCUGAUAAUCUGCUGUGCUUAAUGCCCUCAUUGGCUCUUCCUGAAAUGUGACCCUUGGGUAUAGACAAACCAGCACAGUCUUGUUUCACCUUCAGUGAUACAAAUUCACAUAGUUGAGAUGCUCAAGCAGCCUUAAGUUAUGUCAAGCAUGGCCAUCAGGUGUGCAGUGCUUAAUGACAUUUUCUUGAGGCUUAAAACACUGUACGAUAAUCUAGAUCAAGCUUAACAAUAAAUCCUGAGUGAGAAUUCUCUGCACCUUUGUGUUACAUGUUUGUAUGUGUGGAGGAGUCCGUCAUGUUCUGCUUCACUGUUGGGUAUGAAUAUUGUUAUUUAGCCCAUCUCUUGGGUCUUUAAUUAUUCGCAGCAAUAGCAAAGAUCAGCAGAUUGGUCUUAACCUUUUGUGUAUGGUGUAAGGGUCACUGAUUGGCCUUAGAUGAGAUCCUAAUUGUCUGAAAGAAGAGCUAUGGAUCCUGCCAGAAUUUGGAACAGGUGCCUGAGUCUACAACCUUGUGGGUAGUGUUCGAGGUCACUCCUGCAGACUGGCCUCAUGCUGCUGCUGGCGCUCCCAUGACAGCAUCCUCAACAAGUGCUGUGCAAGAGAAACGGAGCAGAUUUGCAUAAUAGUUAUCAACUCAACAGAUAAAUAAAAUAUAUUUGAUAACGUCCACUAACAAUUCUUGAUAAAAUGUUAGUAAAUCAGAAUUUCAAAAGAUUUGAGUUAACUCCACCAUGGCUACCCACUGAAAUCCACAGCAAACAUGGUUACCAGAGAAACUUUAGAACCAUUCCUAAGUGAAGAAGUUCUGGUAUUGGUGCUAUUUCACAACAUAGUAUGGGAGGCCAUGGGUCGUAUGGUAAAAUCAGAAAAAUGAAAACAACAAAAAGAAAAAUGAAAAGAUUCGUAGAGAAUGUCAUUGCAUUAAAAACACAAAGGAAUCGAUAAUUAGAGUUUAGCAUGGUGUCCAAUGUAAAUAAAAAGAAGGAGAAAUAAAAACCUAAGGAUGGCAUUGAUUGAAAGGAGGAAAUAGACUAUUUCAUGGAUUGGUAGGCAUAUCAUUACAGAAGAACCAUUGUAAAGGCUCUAGGAAGGUGAGGUGAAACAGGUAGAAAAGGUGUUGCAGAACAUUCUCACCUCCAGCCACAACCCUUGGUGAGGGCAUUGCCCUCCGCCUCUAGCCCAACAUACAGACCUAUUCUAGACUCAACCUUAUCUUGGGCUGUUUCUCCCUCCAGCCCUGGGACUGAGCCAACCUGGGCCUAUCCCCACCCUCGUAGUUGUUAAGUACAAGUUCUGGCUCAAGGUCUAUCUUGGCUCACAGCCUGAGCCUCAGAGCUCUGCCCCUUCUGACCCCAGACGGGAAGCAGAAGUGGAAUGACUUGUUCAUCCAGGCUUUUCUCCUGCCUGCUUCUGGUGUCUUGGAGACCAUGUUGGUGGUACUGCGGCUCAGCUCUGCUUUAGUGAGAAGGAAGGAGUUAAAGGACGUGUUUGGUCCCGGCUGUGUCGGGGCUCGCUAACAGUCCUGGCAUUAGGCGCUCACUGCUUUGGAGGCCAUGGGCCUCCCAGCACUGCUAGGUCCCAGAGCCAGUUUGGGCCAUCAUUCCCCACAAAGAUUUUAGUCGGGAAAUGCUGUAAAGGCGCAUGCAUGGUGUCUCAUCAUCCACUGAGUUUCCCUCUUUAAAAGCCUCCAAAACAAUCUUUGUGACUUGUCUCCAGAAGGAAAAGAAUUUCCGUUGUUGGAGUGACAUUGAUUCAGCCCCUGCAUGCUCCCCACCUCAUGGAUCUGGCAAUUCUGGCCUAUUCUGGGGAGCACUGGGUGAAUGUUGGUUCCAAAGGCCCUCUGUUUCCUUUUAUAUGCAAAAGAAUGUUUAAUCUGGGAAUUUGGUGUUGUCUUUGUGCAUCCUUCAUUUAGUUUUGAUAUGUUAGAUUCAGGUAGAGUUUACCUAUUAACCUCUAAUUCCCCAUUUCCCCUCCUCUCAAUCCCUGGGUAUCUCUAUUAAUCUCGUUACUCUAAGUUCCUUAUAUAAGCAGUGCACACAAUAUUUGUCUUUUUGUGUGUAGUUUUUUUCGGCAUCGUAUCUAGAAAGUUCAUGUUGCAGCAUAUGUCAGAAUUUCCUACGUUUUUCUGAAUAAUACUCCAUUGUACAUAUAUACCACAUUCAUGUGUCAGUGGACACUUGGGUUGUUGCCAUUUUUUGGCCCUUGGGACUAAUGCUGCUAUGAACAUGGCUGUGCAAACAUGUAUUCAAGGCCCUGCGUUCAAUUCUAUUGGAUGUACACGCCCAGAAGUGAAUGCUUGGUCAUACGGCAAUUCUGUGCAUAUCCCAUUCAUUUAUUAGUCCUAUCAUUUGUUGGCAGGUGUUUUAUUCCUAGGUAUAUUUGAAAAUUCACCAAAAGGGGUUUUAUUUUAAAUUAUGGGAAAAAACGCUUGAAUUACAAUCUUAACUGUUUUAAGUGUACAGUUCAGUAGUGUCAAGUAUAUGCGCAUUGUUGUGCAAUAGAUCUCCAGAACUUUUUCAGCUUUCAAAAGUGAAACACUCCAUAUCCAAUAAAUAAUGAAUCUCCAUUUUCCUCUCUUCCAGGCCCUGGUAACCUCCCUUCCACUUUUUGUCUCUAUGAAUCUGGUUGCUGUAGGGACCUCACAGAAAUGAAAUGAUGCAAUAUUUGUGUUCCUGUUAAAGGGGUUUUUUGACGUGCAAAAAGUCCCAGGUUUGGUUGUCCAGAUGUAGUAACAGCAGUCAUAUCACCAAUGCACUCUUAACUCCUCUUAUUUUCUCCCCCUCCUUUGCCCCUAGAUGAUUAUUUAUAUAGAGGCACCUUCUGACGGAGGCUGCAAGGUGUCAAGUGACCCCUAAGAUUUAAUUCCAGCGGUCCUUUUUUUAAUUGGCUUGGCGAACAUGGGCAGGUACUUGAUCGGUCUGUUCCUGUUUCCUCAUCCAUGAAGGGGGAAAAAUAAAAGUGUCCUUUGUUUGGUGGGAGGAGGAGACCUCAGCAUUUUUGCAUUAGAAACCCCUGCCUGGUCCCACCCUCGGUCCUACCUCUGCCCUGCACCUCAGACUUGUCCCCGCCCCUCCACUGCAGUUCCACCUGCGGACACUCAGGAGUUUUCUUUGGCUUAGGAAGGUUAUGGUUCCUGUUCCCUCGCUGUCCCAGUCGCCCCUCCGUGCUUUCUGUUCCUGGAGCCCAUCCCCUCGCUUUCCUGGAAUUGCAAGUGCCCCCUACGCCGGCUUUCUUCUCUUGGCUGCUCCUCUGGCUGGUCCGGAGAUCCUGGGUAUCAGGUGAACCUCGCGAGACUGGGAGGACGGGCUGGGUCAAAGGGCGGCCACCUGCGAUCCCUGUGGACACCAGGCAGCUCCAGAGCCGCCACUCCUCUUCCUGCCAGCCAGGCUCCUUACUUUCCUCCGUGGCCUCUAUUCUGGCGGCUCCCCGCCCUGCAGGACAUCCUCUCACUCCCAACUUUGCUCUGCGAUCACGGCCUGAUCUCUGCUCUGGGGCGGCGGCCACUCCCCGAAGCGGCAGGGGAUGGGGUCCGCCUGGAGCGUCUGUUCCAGGGCGGAGGAUCGAGAAUAGGGAUCGCGGAGGGUCAGCGGGGCCUUUUCAUACCCUGUGCUCCCCUUUUCAAAAUGCCUCCUAAGCAACCUUUGUUGCCCUAUCCAAAAGAAAAAGCGUCUCAGUCCUUCACCCGCCUGGGCAUUGGGGUGAGUUCUGGGUGAAUCUGUUCUGGUUGUGGGUGUCAGUUACUUAGGUUUGGUUUAUUCAGGUGGGAAGAUAAGAACCAUUCUUACAGUAAUAGGGAGGACAUGUACCUGAUACCCUUAAGUGUAUGAGUGAAUGAAUACCCAUAAAUAGGAAAUUUACUACUACAGGAAAGCCGGGCUACUCGGCUCCACCCAAUCUUGCUUGACCUCCAGUGCCCUGUCAGUCUCCUGGAACUUCUAUUAUAGGAGUGUUUAGAAAAAAGGUGUAAGCUUCUUUUUGUUAGGACCGGCAAUUGGAAUUGGAUUUAUAUAGUUUAGGAAGAGUAAUUAGUAAGCGGAGGGGUUAAGCUUGGCACUGUGGGAACAUCUUGUUUCCUGACAUUUUUGAUAUUUUCCUGGAUCACGUAUUAUAUUGAGUGUUGCCAAAUGGUGAUUUUCUGGUGCAUUUAUUCUUAGCUAGCAGUUUCUUUUUUAUCUUUUUUUCUACCUUUUGAUUAUUACCAUGCACUCCUGGAUUCUGUCUCAAUGUAGUUAUAAUACGAUUCUUUUUGUUAGUUCCAAGUUUAUCUGGGGGUAGCUCCUUUAAGCUCCCUCCAUUGGACACAACCCCAUUGAGGUUUCAGUUCUUUAUUGCUUUCUGACUCAACAAGCUGUUGCAGGUUCAUUUUGUACAUUCCUGGCCCACAUCUGGUGUCAGACAGUUCUCCGAAAGAGCCUGGUUCUUUUUAGAAUUCAUUACCUGUUUGCUCCCUGUGCAAAAUUCUACUUUAGUAUCGUUGCCUCAAGGCCCUUCCAGAACUAGCAAACAUUUUUCAGAAUCAUAUGUUUGUAUUAAUAUUACCAGUGCAAACUUAAUAUUGUGGUUUUUGUCUUACCUCCUCAGAUUUUAAAUAUGUGUUUUUUUCUAAACCUUGGUUCCUCAUAACAUUAGUUUAUUUCUUAUUUGCCUUAUCUACAUGACACACCCCAAAAAUGCAAUAUUACAAUACUAAUGUUACCAAAGUUUUGUUAUUUCUUACUAGUUCUUUUUGUACUCGGUAUACAUUCUUUUUAUUCUUGUUUCCAUUUUUGAAGUGAUUUUACUUGAGCAUGUAAAACUUUCAUAUGGUUCAAAAGUCAAAACAAUAUGGUAAAGUAUACUCAGAAGUUUCCGUGCAUGUCUUUUGCAUUUCAUUAACAUCUUACCAGUGUUCUGUUUUCCUUUCAGAAAUAAGUGGUAUGUGUGGAUUGCAUUCUCAUGCACAUUUGUGCAUCUUCUUAUUUCCUUACAAUCUUAAACAUAUAAUCUUUUGCAUUUCAUAUUUUCACUUAAAUGUAUAUGCUGGAAAUCACUCACCUUGCUUUAUAGAGAUCAUCUUUUUCCACCAGUUUCCCAUUCAUAGGUAUACCAUGUUUAAUGAGUUACCUAUGAAUAGAAUUUGACUUGUUAUUUUUGAUUAUUAGAAAUCUUGCCAAAUACCCUCCACUUGAUUUGUGUCAUUUUAC